AAAUGUCACACUCGAUACAGCUCAGCUACAGCGUAGCUUGAUCUUUCACCUUUCACCUAUAACCCCACUGUGACAGAAAAAUGGCUGCCUCCAUGCAACGCGUCGCGAAGGUUUUGUGUGGUUUAUCGCCUUCAAUUUUCUAUCCAUUACGACAGUCUCAGCCCUGUCUACAGAGGCCACUAGGAAGAAUAUGUCCAGCCAUCUCUCCAUACAUACCUCCAAGUCACUCUUUCUGCAAAGCAGCAUCACUCCAGGAUGAGGAUGCUGCUGAGGCUCUCUCCCGCUACAAGGACAGACCGUGGGAUUACUUGGAGAGUGAGGAGUACAUUGAUCGGUAUGGCACCAGUCCAGUGUGGGCAGGCUAUAGGAGGAACCACAAAGGAGGCAUUCCCCCACAGAAGACACGCAAGACCUGCAUUAGGGGAGACCAGAUAUGUGGAAACCCCUGUCCAAUUUGUCGGGAUCCAAAUGUUAUUAUUCAUCAUCAGAAUGUAAAAUUACUGCAGCAGUUCAUUAGUCCCUACACUGGAAUGGUGUAUGAUCCCACUCGAACUGGUGUGUGUAUGAAGCAGCAGAAGAAGUUAAAUGAGGCUAUCAACACAGCCCGAGAUCACGGUUUACUACCCUUUCAGAUUCCACAUGUGGAAUUUUUGGGAGAAGACUUCUCCAAUUCCCAUGAUGCCGUGGGGUCCACACCACCUCCCCCAUCCUUAACCUCUGGUGACACAUGGUAUAAAUGGUACGGUGAAAUAGUGCCUGAUGAGAAUGAAGUGACUAAAGUCAAGAAGACAUACAAGGCUUACUUAAAGUGAUGGAGACUAUACAGCUAGUCCUGUUGACAGAGUAACUGUCACUUAAGUUCACUUUGAUCUGCUGUUCAUAUGUACAAGUGUUAUAGACCGUGUGAAUUUCCACUCUGUUUUCAUAUCCUACAUGUAUGCACAUAAAAAUACAAAAUAAACCACAUGAUGAAAAAUUUA